ACAAUCAUGGAUUUAUUAAAUACAUAUUAUCUAUUCAUACAAUAUCAUUCUCGAGAUUAGCACACAGAUAUUGAAUCUAGAAUUCCAUGCCUUUGUCAAUUAAUCUUGGGUCUGGAACGAGGGACUCCAAUGGUUUAAAGCUAUAUCUAUGUUCAGACAAACAAACAAAAUUAACCCACGGUGAAAAGGAAAGCAGCUUUGAAAUCAUUUUUUGUCAAAACAUUUUUUCUGUUCAACGAACCGCCAGUUUAAGUCGCGUGUUUUGUAUCGAGCUGGUUUUAAUUGGUUCUAUUUUUGCCAUCUUACACCAAUAUUGGGAAUAUUUCAUUAAGAUUGGAUUUUAAACUCCUUUCAAGUCUCAUGAAAAUUCAGUCUUUGCGCUUAACGAAGAAGAAUGCACUCAUGUCUUGGGAUUAUUCAACACAGUUUUUGCUAAGGAUAAAUGGAAUACACACGGACUAAGUUUUCCGUUGAAAACUAUUAUGUUAGUGAAAAUCCAUGUCAAAUUCCGGUGUAAAUUAACUGAGUAAUGUCGUCCGGUGGUGUCAAUGAACUGCCCGGAACAUCCGGCGGUGAUCGCACUGUGAAUACAUCACCACCUAGAGACAAUCAUGUGACCGAAUCGUCCGGUGGUGCAAAUACCGUGACCGUAUCGCCCACAGCUGACCACACGGUCAUUUUGUCUAGGGAUCCUCCGCGGUACCCGGAAAGACGCCAGUCAUGGUUGACUGAGGAUAUUCCCGACGACGAUGAUGACGAUGAUCUUAGCGAUGACUCCAUCAUCUUACCAAUUCUACCUCUAGAACUAGCAGUGGUGUGUUGUGUAAUGAACUUCAUUUUGCCUGGAGUAGGUACCAUGAUAUCAGGCAUAUCCGUCCUAUGUUGUGCCAAAACUGAUGACAUCACACGGAAACAGAAAUACUCGUCCUGUAUCGUCGUGGUGGCUAUUGGAGUCCUCCAGCUAAUCAUGGUAUCCUGCUUUCUGAUUGGUUGGAUUUGGAGCGGGAUCUGGGGCGUAUCUUUGAUAGGAAAUUCAGCCGAUUAUUACAAGGAGUCUAAUCAAUCAAACUGGAGAACUGACAGUCGGCGGCGUCUGCGGCCCCGAUCAAACCUUAUUUACCCAAUGCGGGCUAGGUCUAACACGAGAUACCACAGCCCACCGCCGCCGUAUGAAAUGUAUCGGACACCACCCCCAGGGUAUUCCAUGCCAGGACAAACAGCGGAUCCAGAGGAAACGGAAGUUCCGGCAGAGCCCGAGCCCGACCGAAAUUUAGAAAUGGUGGAAGAAAGCAUAAUCAGAAGUGAAGAAAAUAGCCCUCCGCCGCCUUAUUGGCAGUGUGCAGCCUGCCGGAAACAACACGACACCUCCAACAGAAAAUUUCAGUGUAAACGAUGUGUAGAGACGGUAUGCGAUUCGUGUUACCAGCAACACUUUACGAUGCCUAACGGGGAGCGGAUCGUGGUUUGCGAUAAUUGCUAUAAUGAACUCUCCCUGGACGAAAGUGCCACGUGAUGGAGGUGAAAAGUGGAGAAAUUUACAAGGACCAGGAGGGGAGUUAAUCCAUGGUAUCAUGACAGUUAUAGAAACACUUUAUUGUUAUUCACAUAUCCCAAUACUGCAUAUUUAAGUUUUUUUUAUGAAAUAAAAUAAUGCUAUUAUGGCGGAUCUAAAGGAAGAGUGUCGAGGGUUGCAACACCCUUUGGUUGAACAAUUUAACAAAGAGGGUCUUUUUUGCCAUUUCAGCGUAUUCAACCCCCCCCCCCCCCCCUGUUUUGGUGAUAAAAUUACAUACUCGGGUCAAACCCCCCCCCCCCCUUUAAAAUUUUCUGGAGUCGCCCCUGUGUUAUAAGAAACAAUAAAUAAACACCGAAUCUAGAUACAAAAAUAUUCACUUCCGUGUCAUGUCUCAAAUUGUGUGAUUCAUGCUUUUUAAGGAUGCAUUUUAUCUUGCAGAAAUUGUAUUUUUAGAAAUGUUCUAAGAUGUUAAAGAUAUUACAGUAUAUCUAUAUCCGUAGGGAGGAAAAGCUGCUAUCAUUUACAUGUACAUAUAAACAAGUAAAUUGUUCUUUGUACAAAAUAUGAUAUACAUGUACUUACGCUUUGAGUGUGCAUGCAUUUAAUUGUGAUGAAUAAUAACAUUUUACAUCGCGCAUUAUUACAUGGAUAAAGUAUGACACUUUAAACAUACAGUGUGCAAUAUUCCAUGUGAAUAUUUGCUUUAACUACUUAUUUUCAUUUCAAAACUUUUUUUACGGGUGAGAGUUUAUAACUCGGUGAAAUGAUAUUUUCAUUUCCAAUGUUUUUGCCUUUGAUAAUGUAUCUUUACAAAUUGUAAUGAUAUCCAUUUCCUCAUGAACGCGUUACAGUCGUAAACAAUGCGCGUAUGAAUACAGGUUAAUAUUGCACGCAUAUUUUAUCGGCUGGGAAUCCCGACAGAAAUGAAAGUAGAAUGUAGAUAUAAGAAAUGUACUUCAUUGAUGAAUAUACACGAGGGUAUGAACUACGAGGCUUCACACGGACACGCUCUAUGACGCGCUUCCUUCACACGGACAUGUAUACUCUAUGACGCUUCACACGGACAUGCUCUAUGACGCUUCACACGGACAUACUCUAUGACGCUUCACACGGAUAUGCUCUAUGACGCUUCACACGGACAUACUCUAUGACGCUUCACACGGACAUACUCUAUGACGCUUCACACGGACAUACUCUAUGACGUUUCACACGGACAUGCUCUAUGACGCGCUUCCUUCACACGGACAUGCUCUAUGACGCUUCACACGGACAUGCUCUAUGACGCUUCACACGGACAUACUCUAUGACGCUUCACACGGACAUACUCUAUGACACGCUUCAUGAACUGCAUUGCAGUUCAUAUCUCAUGUAUAUUUAUUUCUUAGUAUACUGUAUCACUAUUUAGAAACUUAUGCAAACGGGUUGCUAUAAUCAGCAUUACAAGAUUCUAUUCACGUAUUAUUGAUUAACAAAACACCUUAUAAAGAGGGCAUGAUAUUAACUAUUGAACAACGUGUGAUACUAAUAAUGAUGGGUGGUGGUGAUGAUGAUCAAGGAGAGAGAGAGAGAGAGAGAGAGAGAGAGAGAGAGAGAGAGAGAGAGAGAGAGAGAGAGCAAGUUUCCUGUUAGAUAUGAUAAGCUGGCAAUGCAUAUCUUUGAAAUUAUGUUGAAUAUUGUUAACUGAUAUAAGUUUGUUGUUUUGAAAUAAAAAUGUUACAACCCUGA